AUGCCUUCCGAUAGCUCAGACGACGACAUUCCUCUUGCACGGAACAAUCACGCAUCUGCUCCCUCUGUUUCGCGUUCUACCGACCGCGCAAUGGACAAGUCUGCCUCGAAAGCCCGACCUGCGCCUCCGGGCCUUUCAAUCCGGCAUGGUCCAGUCGAUGACCGCAUGGACAUUGAUUCUACACCCAACGGGACUGUGAAGCGAAAGUCUCGAAGCUCGAUUGGCCAAGCCGUCAAGUACAAGGACGAUUCCGACAGCGAGGACGCCGUGCCCUUGGCCAAACGUCAAAAGUCGCAGCACAAGAAAGUCGAUUCUGAUAGCGACGAUGUGCCAAUUGCGCGGAAGAACGGCUCGAAGCUACCUCCUUCGAUCAAAGAGACCGCAACACUCGAGUCAUCCGAUGACGACCAACCCUUGGGGACAAAGAUUGCUCAGAGGAAGGCCGGCAUCGAAAAGGCUGCUGCUAAAGAAGCCAGAGCCAUCCGGGCGGACGCCAAAACAAAAAAGCCCACGCCAAAGAAGGCCAUCAAGGAGGAAUCCGAUGAUGAGCCACUAGCGAAGCCUAAGAAGCGUCAAUCAAAUGGCGUUUCUUCUGCCAAAAAAACCAACGGCGUCAAGAAAGAGGAAUCCGAUUCUGACGCGCCUAUUGCAAAGAAGGGGAAAAAGGCUGCCCCGGCACCCAAGAAAGGCAAAGCCACCCCGCCUGACAAGGGCGGCAAACCCGUAAAAGAUGAAUCGAAAGAGAACAGCGAAGGCGAGGACGAGGAGGAGUACCGAUGGUGGGACGCCCCAAAAAAGGAAGAUGACUCUGUCAAGUGGACAACGCUUGAGCACAGUGGCGUACUCUUCCCUCCAGAGUAUGAGCGUCUCCCCAAGAACGUGAAGCUCCUCUACGACGGACAGCCCGUCGAUUUGCAUAUCGAGGCCGAGGAGGUCGCAACCUUUUUCGGCUCCAUGCUCCAUUCGACUCAGAACGUCGAAAACCCCGUGUUCCAAAAGAACUUCUUCGCCGACUUCAAGGAUAUCCUGAAGAAAACAGGUGGCGCCAAGGACAAACAGGGCAAACCCGUUGACAUCAAGGAGUUCAAGAAGCUCGACUUCACCAAGAUCUUUGAUCACUACAAGGCGCUCGGCGACGCUAGAAAGGCACGCCCUGCUGCCGAAAAGAAGGCGGAGAAGGCCGAAAAGGACAAGGCAGAAGGUCAUUUCAUGUUCUGCAAAUGGGAUGGCCGGAAAGAGAAGGUGGGCAACUUCCGCGUCGAACCUCCGGGUCUUUUCCGUGGUCGUGGUGAGCACCCCAAGACCGGCACCGUCAAGAAGCGCGUCAUGCCCGAGCAGGUCACGAUCAACAUCGGGAAAGACGCCAAGGUCCCAGCUCCGCCUCCUGGGCACAAGUGGAAGGCCGUGCAGCAUGACAACAAGGCGACUUGGCUAGCCAUGUGGCAAGAAAACGUUAACGGGAAUUACAAGUACGUGAUGCUGGCAGCCAACAGCACUGUCAAGGGCCAGGCCGAUUUCAAGAAAUUUGAGAAGGCCCGUGAUCUCAAGAAGCACAUUGACCGCAUUCGUGCCGACUACACAAGGGAGCUUAAGAGCGAAGUCAUGGCAGACCGGCAACGCGCCACGGCGAUGUAUCUGAUCGACAGGUUCGCCCUAAGAGCCGGCAAUGAAAAGGACACGGAAAACGAGGCCGAGACCGUCGGCUGCUGUUCCUUGAAAUUCGAGCAUGUCACCCUCAGAGAACCCAACACGGUCAUCUUCGAUUUCCUGGGUAAAGACAGCAUCCGUUUUUACAACGAGUUCUCCGUGGACCGCCAAGUCUUCAAGAAUCUCAAGGUGUUCAAGAAGAGCCCCAAGGAGGACGGCGAUGACAUCUUUGACAGGUUGACGACUUCCCAGUUGAACAAGCAUCUCUCCAGCUACAUGACUGGCCUCACAGCAAAAGUGUUCCGUACAUACAACGCUUCCUGGACCAUGUCGCAACUCCUUCAGAAGCUCGAGGUCGAGGAUAGGACCAUGGCCGAGAAGAUCAAACUCUAUAACGAUUGCAACCGGGAGGUCGCCAUUCUCUGCAACCACAAACGGACCGUCGGCGCAGGUCACGAAGCGCAGAUGGAGAAGCUUGGUGACCGCAUCAAGGGUCUCAAGUACCAGAAAUGGCGCACCAAGAUGAUGAUGCUUGACCUGGACCCCAAGCUGAAAAAGAAGAAGGGCGCCGAGUUUUUCGAACUGGACUCUGAUCUCGACCAAGCCUGGGUCGAGGAACACCAACAAUUUCUCGCGAAAGAAUUGCAGGAGAAGAUCGAGAAGAAGUUUGCGAAGGACAACGAGAAGCUGGAGGCCGACAAACAGGCCAAACUGCCGGCCAAGGAGCUUAAGGAGCGGUUGAAGGCAGUCGCAGAGCUCGAGGCCAAGUUCAAAAAGGAGAACAAGACCAAGAAGGUCGAGGCCGAAGGCAAGGGCCCCAGCGUCGAGAAGUUGACGACGGCCGUUGAGAAGUUGGACGAGCGCAUAAGGACGCUCGAGAUGCAGUCAGCGGACCGCGAAGGCAACAAGGAGGUUGCCCUCGGCACGUCCAAGAUCAACUAUAUCGACCCUCGUCUCACUGUCGUCUUCUCCAACAAGUUCCAGGUCCCGAUCGAGAAGUUCUUCUCCAAGACUCUGCGAGACAAGUUCAACUGGGCCAUCCAGUCCGUUGGCGAUGACGAUACUUGGGAGUUCUAG